AUGGCGGAUGCACCAGCCUAUGUUUUUUGGAGCUCGAGCCACGUGCCGCCGCAGAGAGAGACUCCCGUAUUCAUCUACUACCAGCUGAGUAACUACUACCAGAACCACCGGCGCUACGUGAACUCGCGUGACGACUACCAGCUGCGGGGAAAACUCUACGACCGCGUCUCCAGCUACUGUGCGCCCUACGACUACGACGAUGAGGGCCGACCUAUAGCGCCGUGCGGGGCCAUCGCCGACUCGCUGUUCAACGACUCGCUGCGCCUGGAGCUGCGCUGGCUGGGGCACCUCGACAACGAAACGGAGGAAGAGGCCGAGGAGCAGGAGGAGCAGGUGGCGGGCCGCGCGGCGCCGCCCCUGGACGUGCCCCUGCCCAUGGACGUCCCAGUGCUGCGCACCGGCAUCGCCUGGCCCUCCGACAAGCAGCGCCGCUACGCCAACCCGCCGGGCAACCUGACCGCCGCCCUAGCAGGGUUCGCCAAGCCGCGCAGCUGGCGGCGCCACGUGUACGAGCUGGACCCGCACAACGAAGACAACAACGGCUUCGUGAACGAGGACCUCAUAGUGUGGAUGCGCACCUCCGCCCUGCCCAAGUUCCGCAAACUGUACCGCCGUGUCGACCACAUCCGGGAGCCGUUCGCGGACGGUCUGCCCGCCGGCAACUACACGCUCUACGUCGAGUACAACUACCCGGUGGCGUCGUUCGGCGGCAGCAAGGUGUUCAUCGUGACGUCGACGACGGCGGUGGGCGCGGGCAACCAGUUCCUGGGGGCGGCCUACGUCACGUGCGGCUGCGUCUGCAUGGUGCUGGGUGCCACGUUCGUCGCGCUCCACCUGCGCUACCGGCAGGCGGCCGCCUUCAUGGUCACCGUCGAGAGGGAGACGCCCUACCUCUGA